AUGAGUAAAAUGCAGAGUGGAAAAAAUGGAUUAAAUUCUAGAAAACUUGAUAAAUCAGAAUUCUAAGAAAAUAAAACUUAAGAAGAAUUAUUGUAAUAAUAGCAAAAAGUCUCCAAAGUUAUUCAGGGUGCCAUUUUAAAUAAAUAAUAAUAGAAAUGA